GCCUGACGGGUCCCAGUGCUCACAUCCUACCUUAAGUGGCAUAGGGUCGAGCCAUGCGGAGCCCAAUCUUCCAUCGGCUCCGACUGGGAAGGCCCGACGCCAAGCCGACGACAGCGCCAAGCGCAGCAUGCACUCGCUCAAGGGUCAGGUUGCGACGGUCAGCGUCAGCUCGCAUGGCUCCCUCUUCGAGUACAUGCCAGGCAUUGGCGACGACGUGAAGGUGCUGCUAGUUCAAGAGCACCACUUGCUGCCCGAGCGCCUCCAGCAGGCACAGUCUCAGGCUCGUGAUAUUGGUUGGCAUGGGAUAUGGGCUGCUGCGACGCCGAGUGCUGCUUCGGCGACGGGCUCGACUGCAGGCGUCGCGAUUCUGGUUCGCGCGGACGUGAUGAUCACCGCCCCUAUCUUGGCCGAGAGGGAGGUCGUCAUUGGGAGAUGUCUGUUUGCGCAUAUUCAUUGGGGUGUGCCUGGCGGUUUCAGAGCUGGCAGCAUCUACCUCGAUACGAAGGAUGGCAUGGGCCCAGUCAACACGGCCUACCUGUGGGAGAUGGUCAAGGCACUCGCGAGGUUCAACAGCGAGGGGGUGGACUGGCUCAUUGGUGGGGACUGGAAUAACCAGCCUGUUGAGCUCUUCUCGUCCAGCUGGGCUACUGCAGCCUCGGCCAUACCCUUAUGCCCAAAGGUGCCGACGUGUAGGCAGGCCAAUCCUGGGACUGUACUUGAUUACUUCUUGGUUUCUUCAAACUUGGCAGCACGAGUAGACUCCCAUGUUCGGGUGGAUGAAGAGGCGACUUUAUACCCUCAUUGUCCAGUGCAUCUGCAGGUGCUUGGACAAGACUACCCGCCAUGGAGGCUCGUGCCGAAGUUGCCCAAGGAACUACCACUUCAUGCCCCUACUGGAUGCUCGAGGUUCCCAUACCAUUGGGACGCCACCAGCUUCGAGGUGGCCGACGACGCUGAAGGGCUUGCUGCUUGUAUGGGCGACUUGAUGAUUGGGGUCGAAAGGGAGCUCACCAACCGCUACGACUAUGUAGGGCCUGCUGCGCUGCGCUAUUCAGGCCGAGCGGGGGCGACUUCCUUCACGUGGCGGAAGGUUGCCUGGCAGCCACCCCUCAAGCGCACCUACAAGCGCCCUCAGACCUUGGCCUGGAAGGUGGCACUCCGAUGGUUUAUGCACAUUCAGAAGGAGCGCCACAGACUUCGUACGCUGGUCACCAGGCUUCAGAUGGCCCACGUUCUUUGUGAUAUUGAUCCGCCCCAGUGCGCAGUCCUACUUCAGGCUUUCAGUGGAGUUGGUGGGUUUCUUCGUAACAUUAUGCGCAGCGAAGUGGUGCUCCACCAGAUGCCUGAGAAUGUGCAGGCCUUCCUGAACUCUGGGCUGCAGGUUUUGGUCGCACCUGGAUUCGAGGACCUCCUGCGCUCGGCCGGGAACGAGGCCACUCGGCUGCGCAAGGAGGACCAGCGUGAAUCCUACCGAGCUUGGAUGCAGUUCCAGCGUAAGGCCUUUCAGUCAGGGGCCUCCAUUGCUCACCGCGUCACCAAGGUGCGGCCGCUGGAGCAGCGGGAGCAGCAGCAUCGCACGGACAAUGUGUGGGGCAACAGGUCCCGCUACACUUCGUCGGACAGCGCUUUCAGCCACAACCUGGACUCGGAGGUGGCUGUGCUGAGGGGCCAGUUCAGUGCGACGGUCCUACUGGAUCUCACGAAGGCAUUCGACAUGGCGCGGCCGUCGCAACUGUUUCGCGAGGGCUGCUUGCUUGGCUAUCCGCCGAGGAUGCUGUACAUGUUGCUCAAGAUGUACGCCCAGCCGAGGAGCCUCAAGGGGUACGGCACUUUCUCCGACAUGGUGCAGGUGGACCAAG